AUGAAGCAGAACAGUGGAAGCAUCAAUACUUCCAUUCUCUUUGGCGCCUCGCUGCUAGCGCUCGUGGUCUGGAUUGCCAGGAGGAUACGUGCAAGAAGUCAACUGCCACUCCCCCCAGGACCAAAGGGUCUCCCCAUUGUAGGAAACAUACACGACCUUCCUCCGCCAGGGGUUCCCGAAUGGCAGCAUUGGACGAAGCACAAGGACCUUUAUGGCCCAAUCAGCUCGGUCACCGCACUGGGCACAACGAUUGUUCUGAUCAACGAUCAAGACAUCGCGGUCGAACUGCUGGCCAAGAGGUCAGCCAAGUUCUCCGACCGGCCGCAGAUGUUCUUUGCGCAGCACAUGUGUGGCUUUGACUCACUGCCGGCAUUCCAAGGAAAUAACGAGAUGUUCCGGGCACAGCGACGACUGAUGGGCGCCCAGCUGGGUUCCAAGAGCUCCAUGACCAAGUUCUUCCCUGCGCUCGAGUUCCAGGUGCGCCAUUUCCUUCAGCGCCUGCUGGAUCGACCUGCUGAGCUGACUGGCCACCUGCAAAUGACGACAGGUGCCUUGAUGCUUGACACAUUAUAUGGCUAUACCUCUUCUCUUGCUGCGGGCCCCGACCCGCUCAUCACCCUCGUGAACAGAUUCAUGGCCGAUUUCAGCGUGGCCGCUGUGCCCGGCCGCUGGCUUGCUGACAUGGUGCCCCUGCUCCGCCAUGUACCUGACUGGAUGCCCGGCACGGGUUUCAAGGCCAUCGCACGCGAGUACAAGCAGACGUUUGACGACGUCAAGAACACCCCUUACUUAUACGCGGAGCGCAAGUUUGAGCAGGGCUCAGCUAAGCCGUCGUUCAUCCGCGGUCUGCUCCAGGACCGUCCCACGGCCAAGGAGCGCGAAGUGAUCAAGUCUGCGGGCAUCGGACUCUACUCCGGCGGGACGGACACAACAGUGGCGGCGCUGAGCUUCUUCUUCCUGGCCAUGACCGUGUUCCCCGAUGUACAGAAGAAGGCCAAGGAGGAGAUCGACCGUGUCACCGGCGGCACACGACUCCCCAGCUUCCAGGACCGCGAGUCCUUGCCGUACGUCGAUGCCGUGGUGAAAGAGGCGCUGAGGUGGUCGUGUAUCGCACCAUUGUGCCUGCCGCACGCGACAGACGAAGAUGACGAGUUCCAGGGCUACCGCAUCCCUAAAGGGAGUAUCAUUGUCCCUGUGAUUCGUCGCUUCGCAUUUGACAAGGAUGUCUAUGAGAGACCGGACGACUUUGAGCCACAGAGAUUCCUGGGCCCAAAGUCCGUGCCAAACCCCUGGGAUUAUGUAUUCGGAUACGGGAGGAGGAUCUGUCCCGGCAGGUAUCUAGCCGACGCCAGUCUCUUCCUGAUUAUCGCACAGAGCCUAGCGGCUUUCGAUAUAGGGCGGGCCGUCGACCCCGAUACUGGGGCUUUCAUCGACCCAGAGGUUAAGUCAAUGCCGGGAGUCGUCAUGUACCCUCAGCCGUACAAGAAUUCAAUCGUUCCUCGCAGCAAGGCGCAUGUGGAAAUGGUGCGCAACAUGGACAUCGAGUACGACUGGGAUGAACAGGAUGGAAAGCCCGGGCGAUGA